GCAUUGCAGCCAUGUGAAUGGGCCCCAAUUGCUGCAUUGCAAGCAGCCUUGUAGGUAUGGACCACUGCAACCAGAUGGUGAGAUUAUUUGAAGCAAUUAAUUCUUUGAGAGAAUCAGUGGGAACAUGUUUGCAGCAGAGAUUUGGGGGCGCGUGGUUGAAUGUGUUGAAUGACAUUCUUACCUAAAGUCCUCCCAGAAAAGUUCAGAUGGAAAGGUGGGGGCCGGUGGUGGGAGGUUCAAGAGAAAACUGUGAAAAGUGGGGGUUUAUCCAAGAGGGAAAAGGACAUGCAAAGUAUGAGGCCAUGUAUGGGAACUUCAAACUCAAAGAAAAAACAAGUUUGCAACGGAAGAAUAAAAUAAAUAUUUGCUGCCACAGAGAAAUAUUUUAUCUGUAAUAAAUAUGAAAAUGAAAACUUCAACACAUCAUGAAAUCUUACAUAUUAAUUGAUCUGCUGCCCAAACUGAUCAACUAACAUAUCAAUAAUUCUCUUCAUCCUUGCUGCCUUUUCAGGUCUGAAGUCUGUUGUUCUAAGCAGACGAGCACCGACAUACGGGCUGUAAUUCCUCAACACACAGAUCAUAGACCUCUAAUGACCCUGCAGGUCACAGGGUCACGUCUCUCAUUGACUCUGGUCCCUGGUGUCAGCAUCAGCUCCUCUCCUGAAAACUCAACUUCCCUUCCAGAAUCAGACACUUUCAUUUCUCAUUCACACUUGGAUUAAAGAUCCUCAGUGACUUCUCUGCCUACUAUAUGAAUUAUCAGGUCUACAAGACACCUUAUAACAAUGCUGUUUCACUCAAACCUAUGCAGAGGUCUUCAUGACUUACUUUCAGUUUUGAGGGAUUGAACACACAUAGUUCUUUUUUUGGGGGGAAAGAAAAACUCCUGGAUGUCAAAGAAACACACAAGGUUACCUCACAGAGCGAGUGGAAGUGGAUACAUCUGAACAGUGUUUACAGCUGAUAUUGUCCAUCCAUCAUCCAUCUAUCAUCCAUCCAUCUAAAAAACAGUUGCUGUUGUUGUUGUUGUUGUUUAAAAAAAGAAAAAAAAAAUGGAUCUGUGGUCUCUCUUUAUCAGGUGUGCUAAUGUUGCAAGUGUGAAACAUGAACCUUGCUAAAAUACACUCAGCCUGGUCCAAACCCAAACAGCUGUAUAACAUCCUAAAGCUUUAUCUGAUAUGAAGAAAAAACUGAAUCAUAAAGCUUUAAAACACAGAAGUUUGAGGUUUAACCAUCCUUCAGAACAGCAGAGACACUUCGUGAGAGACACUGAGCUCACCUGAACAGACUACAGAUCUAAAAAAAAAACCUAAGUCUUGUGUGCCACACAUCCAAGGUUGGCUAUAAAUCUUUAUUCACAUUUUUAAGUCAAAGGGCAUCCCCUGUUCUGCAUUCGGAGCAAUGGGCACUGGACCGGCACUGGUCUGUAUCAGUAUCUGUGGGCACCGUUGCCACAGUUUUGUCAUGUUCAGGGCGGGGGUGAGACAGGCAUGUGAGGGAUAAGUGUCCUCAUCUUCCCUCUUCCCUCACUUGGCCCCACAGCAAAAGGUAGUAUCGUGACAAAUUGACUUGAAGGAAACCAAAUCUCACCUCUCUCAUGUCUUUUCGGCUCAGGAUAGUAACACACCACCUGUGCGCCUCACCACACCUUAUUUCAGGACCAACACACCCAUGAGGCACAAGUCUGUAUGCUGUUUGCACAGUGUGGGCACUAAGCAAGGAAAUGAUGUCUGUGUUGGCUGGAAAACAGCAAUGACUACUGCGGCACUGUGCACUAUAAGGUGCUUUGUGAUAGAGUUUAUAAAGUCAUACAGCUUCAGGAUGAUCCGCCGAGCAAGGUUGGGGGAUAAAACUGUUGGUUAUAUUUAUCAGAGAGUAAAUGUCUUGACAAUAUAAGGAAAUGGUAAAGUUUCUGUAAGAAGCUCACCCUAAAAAGAGGAGACUUUCAGUCCUGAUGGUAGCAGUCAACAUGGUAAGCAGUGCACAACAAGAUGCAACAAAGGUACACCUGUUGUUGCUCUCACACACACAGCUCAAACAUAAAGAAAACAGCACACAAGCACACAAAAAUAUCUGUCUGCACCUCCAUGUGGUUUGGUCUCCGAGCAGUUUGGAGUACAAACAGGGCACAGAAAACCUGAGCGAACAUCCAAACUGCUAGGUCAGGAGUGUUUGAUGUAACCAUGGUGGAAAAAAGGGAAGUGAAAGUUGCAGCUGGGGGACGUCUGAAAAACUCCCAGUGGUAAUGGCGAGAUAGCGAUGAAUAAUACUUUUAGACUACACUGAACCGCAUCUGGCCUAAAUGAGUGUGGCCCAGAACACAGCUCCCACUUUUAGCACUUUAAAUAUGAGAAUAGAUCAUGGCUACUAAACACAAAGCCCACAGGUGGACUAGUACUACUCGCUACACCUGUCUACAAAUGGUCUCUGUGGAGUGUCCUUCGUUUUAAUGCUAUUCUUACUCUGAACCACAUUUUCUAAAAUGCCAAAAGACAUGAAUGUAAGAGCACCUGCCUCUGACUCUUCAUUUAGAUCUGUUACUUUUAUAUCUCUCCUGUUUUAUUUACGUAUGUUUGCAAGAAGGUGUGUAUGCAUGUGUGAGAGUGAGAGCGUGUGUUGAUGGUUACUCAGGUUGCACAGAGUAAACAGUGAAUGCACCUGUGUAAAUGACACAGAGAGAGCUGUUGUGCUUAGUUGGGAGGCCAUCAGGGAAUAAGGCAUGUUGUGCAAACUGUGUCACCUGGAGAGAAUGAGAAAAAACUGGGCACCACCCAUCACAUCCACAGCUGAGCCACGACCACUUAGUGUUCAGAGGAUACCAGCAGCUGUACCUUGCCUGAUAGAGAGGACGAACUCACAUAUACAGUUUACAGUUUAGGAUUGAGUUGGGACACCUGGGACAGAGCAAUAGAAAAUCAAUUCACCUGUUGGUUUGAUUCAAAAUUUAGGGAAGGACUGAUUAUUUAGUUUCUAAUUUGAAAACACAACCAGACUUUCACCCUGCACAGCUGCAGUAGUUCAUGAGUCAUGAGACAGGGUGCAGCUGAACUGGGUGAAAACAUGUUCUGUCAUAAUUUCACUGGAACAUGUGAUGGUUUGAGGGGAUAAAGGGGCAUGUUGUCAGCAUACCUGCCAACACUCCCAUUUUUCCCGGGACUCUCCCGUAUUUCAGACCUAUCUCCCGCCCACCUCCGGUAUUGUCAUUUCUUCCUGGAAUCUCCCGUAGUUUGCAUGGUCCACGUUCAUUCAUGAAUCGUAUCACUAUGUUUGUCCAAAGUUGACAGGUUUCCAGACAAUCGAAGAUAGUCCUGUGUUUCUGCUGAGCCUCACAGACACUGGAUUGAUACUUUCACUCUACAAUUUGGGAUGAUUCAGGUCGGUUUAAACUGUAAACUAUAUCUAAGCAGUGUUUGUUGCUAAAUGAACACUUCAAUGAAAGGGAAACAAAUGCGAGAUAUAAUAUUUACGUUGAUAGUCUUGCACCGUCUCAUCGAUGCGUUCAGGGCAGCCUCAGAUGAAAGAGUGCUGUAUUGCACGCAUAGAUGUUCAGAGAGCCUUAUACGAGAGAGCAUGUAAAACAUAUGACGACUUUAACACUAAUAAUAGUGGACUAAAUAAGUUCAAAGCAUAUUGUAGUUAUUUUUUUUAUUACCAUUUGUUAUUGUAAAUUAAAAAGAAACAAAAAGUGUACAGUUUCACUUAUACUUAUUUGGAUGAGCAAUUUAAUCAUAAAUACUCCAAUAAUUAGCUCAUAUUCACCAUACAAGGUAACCCCAAAACUGCUCGGUGCAUGCCACAAAAAUUUCACGGAUUUUUUAAUCCAAAUGUUGGCAGGUAUGGUUGUGAGUCUACAAACCAAACAACUCUUACUUCUGUUGGAAGUAAAGAUUAGCUGAUUAGAAAUUUAGCACUGGCCAAUACCUGCGCUCAAAAGAUUUGCCAUCGAAAUGAUGAUUCUGUCUGCAGACGUCCUCUUAAAUCUAAUCUAAUCCUAGCUGACAGCACACUAACUGAAAACUACAGCCUGUUUUCAUGUAAAGAGCAGUUCAAUUGUUUCUGAUAUAAAUAUCAGCAUAAACAAAUGCGUCAUAAUUAUUUAUACACAGUAAUCCAAUAAUUAUAGAUUUAUCUCAAACCACAGACUGUAUAAUAAAUGGAGUGUUGGUGACGUCAAAGAAUAUCUAACAUACACACAAGACUGUUAUCAUUUUUCGUUCUCCUUUUACCAUUUCAUCUUUUACAGUGUUCCCAUCAUUUAUUACAGUGUGCAUAAAAUCAGCUGAUCCAAACAGUGCCCAUCAAAAGUCCCAUGUUACUUUUAUAUCAAUUUUAAUACAAAAUACAAAGCAAGUCAGUCAGGAAGGAAGGUCUAAUAUCUGUUCAUACUAACAGUGUGCUCAUAAAAUCAAUAUGGCAAAAUAUCGCCACGUAAUCCCUGCCAAUACCCGUAUUGAUGCAUGUCAUGGACACACUGUACAGCUGUGACAGCAUUCUGAACAAAAUGAAGCAAAUAGAUGGCAAAUGGAUCCCAAACACAUGAAGCUGCACACAUCUUAAGUCAGAAAAAACAGGACCUUGCCUUUAAAACUGGAUGCUUUUGGAGCAUUUGGGAUGAAAUAUUGCUCUGUCUACAAAUGACAAAACUCCGCCAGCGACAACACACAGGCCUGCCACACAGAGACAACAAAUAGUGCCCACACCAACAGAACAGAACUUUCAAUUGAACAUUUCUCUCAACUUAACAGUAGACUGUUCUUAUCAAUGUGUUCAGGGUUCUGUACUUAGUGAAAUGACGAAGGCCUGACUGUCUCCACACAACAAGCAUGGGUAAAAUUAUUCACGCAAAUGACUUACAUGUAAAGUCAAUGCAAAGACGCAAUUAGACACUCGUACUAAUCUGGCGGCCCGAAUGGCGUGAAUUAGGCGUGAGCUGAAAAUGUCUCAACUUGACAAUAUUCUCAAUAUUUGCAUCCCGAUAACUGAUCGGCACUGUGACGUAUGAAAAUAGACGGUUGUUCACUGGUUGAAAUGUAGAAGGGUGGCCUUUAUCCUCCUCGAUAAUAGCUCAAGUGUACCUGCCUGUCCAUCAGCUCAGACCUCUGUGGGAGGUCUGAGCUGGAGGAACAAAAAAUUGUUUUUACUCGGCUUUAAAUAUGUUUACUUGUGCUCUAAAAUGUGAGUGUUGAAUGAAGUGUUUAGGUUGUGUCUGAUGCUUCUGCAGUCAGCCUCAAGUGGACACUCUGGGAAUUGCAGUUUUCAACCCUACUGCAUUGGCUUUAUUUUUCAAGACUAGAAGUUUCUGCUCGACAAAAAUGUGUAAGUAAAUACUUACUUUUUCACUUGACAUCUGGAUUUUAUGACAGCCACUGUCAUAUCUGGCUCCUGACUGGCCUUUUGCAGUUUGUGGGUUGUGUGUUUCAGAUGCAUUUUCAUGGACCAUUGUUCAAUACUGCAACUACACCACGGGCCCUAUUUUCGUGCUUCGCCAGUGACGUAGCGCAUGUGGGGCGUAAGUCCGGUCCGCCGCCCCCACAAGGCGUUCCCAAGCACAAUUUGGUAUUUUGGUGAGCGGCGCAGCCUGGCGUAAGUAUCCCCCCUCCCUAACUCAGCUCCUCCCAGCAGCGUAAGUCGUAGGUAGGGAGGAGAGAGGGCAUGGAGUGGGUUUAACACAGCCGAGACCUGUAUUGACCAAUAACAUCAGCUCCUCUCCUCGCCUUUAAAUCCGCCACCGGUGAGGCGUAUUUCAAUUUUCGUGAAGUAGUCAAAGAGAUCAAGAGAUGUCUGAAGACAGCAAGGCCACACAAUGGCGACAGAAGGCAGCUCCUCAACAAGUGUCGCUGUAAAUGCUGCAGAGGGUGUCCUUCACUCUCUCUCAUAUAAGCACAGAUGGAUUUGGUGUGUAUAAUGUUGGACCCACUGGUAAGACAAACACCCUUUUCCACAAAUAAAGACACAUAAAGUUGCACAUAUUAGAACCUCAUGUGACAAAGGUGGGUUGUGCGCAGAGAUCACAACAUAAAUUCCAAUAAUGGCAUUAAAAUCGGAACCAUUUGUGCUUAAAUGACGCAUCGCGCUCCGUGGCCUGGCUCUUUCUUUCAUAGAUGUUGGCGUAUAAAAUAAAUUUGGCUCACAAAACUGAAUAUUAUAAUAUCCGCAUGUAGGCUUAAAGUAAAUAACUCAUCUGAUCACUGAAACAAAUCAUCUGUUCAGCCGCCGCAGCAACAGCAGCAGGAUGGGGAGAGUACAAAGAGACAUGUCCAGGUCGAGCUGCGCGAGAAAUAAGAGGAAGAGGAAGAAAGAAAAGGAGGGAGACGAAUUACAUAUCUUGCUAACUUCAUCAUGUGUGUCUAUUUACUAGAUAUAGUAUAAUUUAAUUUAAUGCAGUUUCAGCUGUGUUGAUUCAGUUGAGUGUCCAAAUGCAUGCGCAAACGCACUCAUCAGAUCAGAUAUAGAUCAGAAUAUAUCUAUAUAGAUCUAAAUGUAUGUGCUGACUCAGAUUAUUAGUUGUUGAUGAUUAUUUAUUGCACUGAAAUGUGCCUGACACUGUGGAAACCUGCCAGUGAGGCAUCAGUGACGUACGCCGAUAUGCCGCCGGUCUACCAAAAUACCACUAGACCAGCUGCGCUCCGCCUGCGCUGAAAGCUGACCAGGUUUGAAUCGGCGAGCUUUCAGCGCACUUUAUACGCCACCGGCGAGCACGAAAAUGUCACUGUGCCAGCUGAUUCUGUCGACACCUCCCCCUGCCAUGCCACCACGCCCAGCUUGGCCCAAACUGGCUGUACACCAGGCUCUGCCAGACGAAAAUACCACUGCGCGGGGACCGCCACCCUUCGCCGCGUCCCCAGCGGACACAAAAAUAGAGCCCCAUAUGUUACAACUGGUGUUCAUUGCUGGGGGUUUUAAAUGAAGUGAACCGUCCAGCAUAGUUUAGGACAUUACCUCUUUUUUUUUCUUGAAGUGUUGAGCCACCUCUGCCACUUGUGCAAGUUUCAAAAUACAAGCCACAUCUUGCAACUUCAGUUACAUCCCUUUAGCACAGACAUGUGAAAAGCAGAUUCUACUUAGUUUAUGGCCAUCACAGAACAGUUAGGUAAAAUACUUCCCAUUCAUGUCCUUACUGACUCAGCUUCCACCUGAUCUCCAGGUGUGCCGUUUGUUGGCCAGAGCAGACCUGUGAGAUAUCAGCCUGAUCCCUGUCCUCACACUGUGUAGCCACAACAAACAGAGCGCUUCACCUAUCAGGUUUAUCUAGUAAUGAGUCUCUAGUUACUGAGCUCACUCCCUACUGGAUGCAGCCAUAAACCUUAAGGGAAGUAGGGAGUCAGAAGAGCCACAAUUACAGAAGUACACACAGAGGAAGCUCCAGAAAGCAAACACAAAGACAGGAGGGCAAUGAGAUACUGUACAUUCAUGCUUCCUCCUUAGUUCAGACAAAACAAGCAUACUGCAGGUGCUCAAUGUCAUGUAGCUCAUCAUUUUUUUACUCUCAAGCCACAUAAAAAAGAUUCUCCUAACUCUGUUUUUUCUAUAAAACAAAACUUGAAUUUUAAUACAAAGUUGUAACCUGUUUUUUGGGGGGGCUUUUAUAGUGAAAAGUUGUCUCACUCUUACCUGAUAAAGGAUUUCACCUGCUCAACAGUUUGGAGGUCAUUAUUUUAUAAUGUGCCAAAUAUUUUCAAUGAGUGAGAAGUCCAGUCCAACACUCAGACUCUACAGUCCUGCUGUGAUACCUGCAGAAUGCAGUUCUCUAUAGUAUCGCUGAAAUAUAUGGGGUCUGUACUUAAAGGGGGUCAUCUGGAUGGCAGCAUUUGUUGUAAUAAAAUCUGUAAUGUUCAGCGUGAAUGAUGACUUCCCAUGUGUGCAUUAAUAAUAAGAAAAAAAAGCUGGUGGAGAUACCACACCACAUACUUUGAAUAAAAUUGCUCAUUUGUUUCAUCAGAUCACAGUUCAUUCUCACCACAGUCCAGGUCAAAGGGGCUCUAUCCCAGAGGAGUCAUCUCUAGAUCCUAUUCACACAUGGUUUCCUCUUUAUUUCACACAGAUUAAACCUUUAUUUAGGGAUGCAUGUUGUCAACAGACAAUGUUUUAUUGAAAGGAUUUUUACCUAUGCAAUAAUUUUUACUAGAGAGCCAUGUCUGUUUUCAAUGGAGUGCCACCCAUGGACUUGAAAAUGACCACCUUGAAUUGGUUGGCCUUAUUCAUGUACAACAGAUGAAAAUUAUCAGACAUUUUACUCAUUAUUCUGUCACUCACCUUUUCCUAGCUUUCCUUCUGACUAACUACAAAUAUCCUUUUUUUACUCGGUCAUGUUUCUAACCUGUUACAAAUUACUCAAAGUAUUUGACAUAUAUUUCUCUCUUAGCAUUACACAGCUUUUAAGUGUUGCACAGCCAUUUUUCUUGCUUUUUUCAACAAGUGGCUGGGAUAAAUUCAAAAUUAGUUUACAUUUUUCAUAAAAUGGAAAAAAAAAUCUGCAGCAUUGUCUUAACGUUAUUUUCAACUAAAAACAGGGAUUAAACUAUCUGCAAACCAUUAAUAUCUGUUUGUCCAAAGUUUCCUAGACAUGAAGUUGUACUUGAACUAAAUACCAGAAAGAUGUUAUUUUAAAACUGGCUACAAUGAGUUUAUCUCUGUAUCUGAUUAAAAUCAGGUCUGGAUGCUUGAGAUUUUUUUUUUAUGUUUCUGAUACUGACAUACUAGUAAAGUAGAUCAAGAGUAGAGCUCCAUUUCUUCGUCUUUUCCUCCUUCCAUACAGUGGUGGCCGGUAUAUAAGGGCGCUGCGGGCGGAGCCCCGCCUGAGCUGCGUGAGCAAAAAGAGAUGUCUGCUGUCUCCCUGAAAAUUAUUCUCAAAGUAAGGAAAUGGCGCUAUUAUAUUAAUCAUUCCAUUAAAUGUGUAUGUCAGUCUGUUAGCGAUCUCUCCAACCAGCGCCGGGGCGAACUCGUAACGUCUGUUGUCUCAAGCAUGCUCAGAUCACAGUUGUGCAUUAGCUUUAAGGGUGCUACGGGCCAGUGCCCAAGCUUUCUGCUCCCUCAAGCAUGCUCAGGUUACAGUUCUGCAUUAAAAAGUUAGCUUAUCCUAGCCACAUAAAAAAAUCCUUAAGGGGCGCCAGGGACGAGCGCCCCAGCGUCCCUAAUUUGAAUGACGUAAGCACAUUCAUAACUAGAUUGGCCACAAACAGAUGCAUAGUUACAAUGUGCGUCUGACGUAGCUAGCUGCUCUACUCGGAGCCGCUCCGCCCCUCACUCUGCACUUGGCUGCUAAUGACAGAGGACGUGGGAAUGACUACCGCGAACCCCCUUCAAGUAGGUCCCAUUUGGGAGAAGAACUCUGCACGACUAACUAAAGCUGGAAGAGCUCGGUCCGGAUCGACCAGACGUCGCCGCUCAGCAGGUGACCACCGAGAAGAGCAGACAAUAUAGGCGGACAUUUUCAAGAGCAGGGUAUAAGCCCAAAGCAUGGCUAACCGUAAGUCUGAUGAGUAAGGCUCUUUUCUGUUUCCCGUGUAAAUUGAUGGUGAAAAAAGAAAUUACAAAGCUGGCAAAAUAUAAUUUCGGCUUCUGAAACAGUCAUGAGCAAAAUCUGUUUGUAGAAAAGUGGAGUAUACAAAGAUUAAAACCUAAUAUAAACCAGACACGUAUUAUAGUGAGACAUAAAAGCCAGACUGAAAAGAAAGCUAACAAACAAAGUUCAUGCCACAAUGUUAGAAAUCAAUCAUUUUUAAGGCAGGAUGAAAACAUCCUGGAAAAGUCCUGGAAAUAAUAAAACUGUUCUGUAUUUAAAGCAAAUGUUUGUGUUGUUUUCCAUGGUUGAUCACUUUGAUAUGCAGCCUUAUUUGUUAUAAAUGUGGGUCUGCUCUUUACUACAUUUCAUGCUACUGUCAGUUUCUAUAUCAUAGGAUAACAUUGAAUGUAGGUAGGCUGUGUGUCGGCUAUAAUGCCCUAUUAAUAAGUUGAAAUACAGUAUCCCCACCCCAUUUGUCUUUGUAGGUCAACAUCGUUUGUUUCCUUAAUUAUUUUCUUAGAAAGCACCAGAAUGACUCAUUUACCUUUUGAAAAUAAAAAAAAAAGUCUCCUGGGGAAGGAUACCCCCGGACCCCCCUACCGGGCUCUGUUUUCCAAACCUUCAGCCCCACCUAUUAUUUUUCUGACCAGCCGCCACUACUUCCAUAGUGCCAUGGUGUAAUGUGACAUCCCCCACCCGGACACGGAGGGUUCAGAGUUUAAUGCAUGUAAAAAAAACUGGAUUUGUACUCAGGUAAAAUACAGUUUUAAAUCACUGUUUGAACAAAACAAUUAGAGACAUUUUUACUGUCUUGAAUCACAAAAACGAUCACACAGUAAUUUUUGAGUUUGUUUACAGAGAUGAAAUGUUUGGUGGAUGAAGGAAAUACUUCUCCUUUGAUAGGAAGUCCUCUCUUUAAACACCUUUAGCCCUCCACCAUGAAGACCCAAACUUCAAAAUCCAGACUCUGCACAUUGUUUGUAUUUAUAUCUUAUUGAUUUGGUGCCAAACGUGGUCAGCACCAGGGAGUCUUUGGGGUCGACUGUUUACUGUCAGACUGUUUUUCUCACAGACCUUGCCAAUCAUCUGCUUGUCAUUGACAGGAGUUCACUCACCCUGUUGGUAGAGGACAGGCUCCCAUCAAAGAUUCAUACCAGUGACCCCUUUGAAGUCGACCCUGAACCAAACAUUGUUGCUCACAUUACUGAGCUGAACAGUCACUUCCCAUGGCAACAGAAACGAGAUAGACAGAGAGGAAGAAAAGGAGAAAGAGAGGAGGAAAAUACCCAUUUAAAGCCAUUUAAGCCUUUCAAUAUUCAUGAAAAAAGAGACUGUGGCGGUUCCCACAAAGUUUGGGACAUUAAACCUCCAAAGAUGGACUGAGGUGGGUGUCUUCACAACCUAGACCUGAGGGCCCCCUUCUAUGCAUCCUGGAUGCAAAACACUCUUCAGGCUGAACUGCAGCUGAGUGUAGCUUCCUUGUUGUCUUGGCAACCUGUGUAACAAGAAAAAGAAAGAAAGAAAGAAGAAAGCAGGAAAGGAGGAGAGAAGUUGGGUGUGAAUGGAUGAGCUCCCUGCGUGUGGCGCCGGACAGUCUACCCAGUGGGGCGACUCAAAAGGCUGCAGUGAGCGGGGAUGCGGAGCGUGGACGCGUCCCCGAGAGCGAAGGAAUGUGAGAGGUACAAUAACACACCGCUGGAGGAAGAAAUGGUAAGGAGGCUCCGCUAGAGUGGUCUGUCUCGGCCCCUUUAGGUCUACAGGACAGGUAGUAAGAAGAAAACGUUGGAAAACGCGCAAUCAGAGAUGUUAGUACGGAGCUCUGACGGCUCUUUCCACAAAAUGAAGAUUGAUGAAGUUAUGGAGCAAAAAUACAUUUCCUUAAAAAACAGACUUUAGUGAGUCCGAAAACAAGUUCAGCAGGUUUACCGCGCUCAUUAAAACAGGAUGGUGCCACAUUUAAGAAUGCUUUAUUGGAACUAACGGAUUUUAAAUCCAUCAGAACAAAGUAAAAACAUUUUUAUAUUUUGAUGUAUUUUUAUUUUAUGAGGUUUUCAUUUGGCCUGUCUGAAUUCCUCUGUUUUGUAGAGAGGUAUGCUGGGUAAACCGUGUGUGCAGGUGGUUCGGUUCGGGAUCAUCUGUCAGAGGGGAUCGAUACACGCGGGGCUGUGCGUAAUUACGCAUCAAUAACGACGGCACUAAAGCUGUACUCCUCCGCUGAUCAGCCCUGAGCGUGGUGUAAAUAAAAUACCUCCUCUGACUGGAUCGAUCUGAAAAUCUACAGCACGGGCCUCUUAUCCCACCGAAGAGAAAGAUGCAUGAGAGCUUUUUCUUUGUACAGCGAUGGCAAUGCGCUAUUGACUGCUUUAAAUCCUCCUCACCUCCUCUCUUUUUCUCUCACACACAUACACACACCUAUCCUACCAACAAGCAGCCCGCCGCGGCGCACACAGAAUGGGACACGCCUUUUCUCGGCUCCGUUGUGGGGUCGGUGGGCAGCGGGCUGCUGGUGAUUGACCAGCUUCUCUCCCUCGUCUGUCAGCCGAUUGGCUUGGCGCCUCCCCUCUUCUCUAUAAAUGUAGGAAAUCUAUUCACUCCUUUCACACCGAGCCUACUGAAACAAGAGGAACUGUGAGGCUUCACGGGAUGUGUUGACACACUUGAAUUCCGCCUCUUGGUCUAUCCUUUCCCCUCGCUCAUUUACGGCGGUGUUAGAAUAGCUUUAGCAGGGCUUAUUACGUCGUAGUUUUAUCUUUUAUCCCGCUGCUAUAGGGUAGUUAUUUUUUCGUUGCCUAUCUUAAGCUGUUGGUUACCUAAGAUGAAGGCUGUUACUCCAGUCCGCCCCCAGGACUCCUCCUCCAGCAGCGGCGAGCUCUCCCUGCACUAUCUGUCGAAGCAGAGCGUCAACAUCGCCCGGUGCAGGAUGGAAGAGGAGGACCUGUUCUGCCUGCAGUACGACAUGAAUGACUGCUACAGUCGGCUGAAGCGUCUGGUCCCAACCAUUCCACAGGAUAAGAAAGUCAGCAAAGUGGAGAUUCUCCAGCAUGUGAUAGACUACAUCCUGGACCUGCAGCUGGCCCUGGAGACGCACCCUUCUCUCCAUAAACACCAACCACAGCGGACCGGGACCUGUCCUCCUACCUCCAACCCCAGCCGGACUCCGCUGACGGUGCUCAACAUUGACCAUCAGGUAAGUCUUAUUCCUCCUAUCCACAGCGGGACUUACCGGGGACCCCGGUUUACUGUAGCUCCCUGUGCCAGACUGCCGUCCGCCUCAGACUCAGACAAAGCGCGUCAUGCCCGUUUUGUGUCAUUGUCCUGUCCAUGAGACAAAAAUUAUUUUAAAUGUAUUUUAUAUUACAGUCUUGAAAAAUCAUGCGCAAAAACGCGAUUGUGUGGGAUAGAUUGCGCACUUGAUUGCGGGCUUUAUGAUUUGCAUGAUAAUGACAGUGUGUGUCAGAGGCCCACCUUAUCCCGGGAUUGGUGAAGUACCUCAGCCUGCAGACCACUUCACUGCGCACAAUAAGGGCAAUUUGAGAUUCAAUAGGGCAGCAGAGAAUUUAUUACAGCAGAUAGUGAUUUUCUGCUACUUUGCUGUAUGUAAGCCUUUUGCUCUUUCUUUUAUUCAGUCUCCCAUUAAAGCUAAAUCUCUUUCUUUUUCUUUUUGAUGUAGAGGACGUCAAUAGUGAAAAAGCCGGAGGACUCUAUUUUAUGCCGCUGAAAUAGAAGCACUGCACUGGUAAGUUGACUGAAGUGAUUUAGUUCUUCACUUUUUUGUGUUUGAUUUUUAUUCAUUUCUUAAAUGACAGAUACACAUGUGUCCAGUGGUGGUCAGUGAAUAAUCUCCUGUAACCUGAUUGUUCAGCCUGUGAAGUGACAGUCAGAGUGUUUCAAGGAUGCCUGUAUAUGUCAGAAAAAAAUCAUAAUUGAGGAACACAAAAUUGGCACUGACCUCAGAGGCAGCUGUGCUUUGCGCAAUAACUGUCACUGUUGUAGCAAUCUAGGAAGAAGUGAGGGUUCAAACCUCAGCUUACCCUCUCUUUCAUUCUCACACUCCUUCCUCUGUCUGUCUCUCUCUGUCUGUCUGUCUCACACCACUUCACUCCUUCAUUCAAGCUGCUGCUCUGGCUUUACCAUCAGAUUGAAACACGCCUGGAGCAGACUAAAAGCAGGCCUGUCACUGCUGUGUGUUAGAGUAGAAGUAGAAACUCAUAUAGUCUCUCUGUUAGUGUCUGCUGCCUCUCCUCAGCCUUGCCCAACAGCCUGAGGUGCUGUGUGGUUGUUGUUUGACCUGGUUUGUUUUGGGUUGUUGAUCAAGCAUGGCCUCUGUUUUGUCGGUGGCGCCAGUCAGUCUGGAGUUGUGCAGCUCACCCCCCUGCUGCUAUUCAUCCCCUCCACAGGUGUGCAGGCAGCACAGAGCCGCUCCAAAGCCAGCAAAGCUUCGCCAGGGACUCACACCGAACUGGAGGCACAAUCACAAGGGGAUUUCAAAACCGCUGGGAGGAAUUCAACCCAAAUAAAAUCAGCACUCAUAUCUUUUUUUGUUUUAUUGAAUAAGGAAUCCACAUGUACACACAAUUCCUCAUUUUUAAGUUGAACUUAAAUUCUUUUCAUUUAUGAUUUUUUUUUUUUUUUUAAAGAGAGAAAACACGGACUCCCUUUGCUGUGGAGUUUUUUUGGACACCUGCCUGUCAACAGCUAUGAAACCUGUUUGUGAAUUGUGCUUAGUGAAAAACUACAAACAACUCCAGUUUAAAGCUUUACUAAACUGCGAAAAUCAUUGUACAUUUUGGACAUCUAUUGUUUAAAAUAGAUGAUUUGUGUUGAACAGGGACAUCCUCCCUGGAACCUUAAAAUGUUUGAUACUGUACAAAAGAACAAUUCUGAUUCGAGACAAUUACGAUUGUACAUAUAGAGAGAGACACAAAUGUUCUAUGAAAGUAUGUGAAAGGAAGACUUAUAUGCUUAAAAUAGACUAUUGUAAUUUGAAGAUAUUUUUAUUAAAACCUUUUUUUGUUGUUCUGUAAAUAUUGUGUUUCCACUUUGAAGUCUUUAGUGAAUGACCGUGGUUAUGCUCUGCCAAUAAUGUCCUCACAUGAUGAUAUCAGUCAACUCUUUGCAGUGUUUUGAACUAGUUUCAUAUGUAGCAUGUCAGGCUCAUUGCAGAGAUAUUGAAUGUGCACUGAAGCAGCUCUCCCUGUGUACAGACUGUAUGUGGUGGUGGAGUUUAACACUCGUUCUUUAUGAUUUGCCCUACUUCUUCUUCAAUUGUUUUGUCCUCAUGAACGGCAUUGACCUGCCUGCAGCAGUAGGUGCUAGUCUGUUGUGGGGUGUUUUUUUUUUUUUUUUUAAAGGCCUCAUUUGACUCUGUUACAUUGCACUCAUGUUGAAAAAUCCCUCUGAGAGUUUCAGCACUUUUGACAGUGUUUACAGUGUAAAACCUGAAUGAAAACACUUCAAGAUCUAGCUGUGUUAAAUUUGUGUGCUCAGAGCGCUCACUCCACAAGUUACUGAUUGACACAGUGAAACCAUUAAACUUUGGUUAUGAAUUGAUGAAAUUUGUGAACAUUAACAGACUUCUUUUGAACAAAAGCGAAAUGUACUUGAACGAGGAAUGUCUUUAAUCAAACAUUGAAUGAUUUCCCAGAUGAGUCAGCCACUGUUGUUAACCUAAAGGAGGGAGAAAGCCUUUAUUUUUCACAACAUUGAACACCGAAUUUACCUCACCACCCUCCUGCCAGUGUGAGAGGGCACUUGUACAUUAAUGUCAGCCGCACUGUUGAACCUUACCUUCACUGGCUUGUGAGGAGUUGUCAAAAAUAAUUAAAGUUUCCAGGAAGAAAUGUGUUGUCUCAAAUUUUGUUUCAAGGGAAAUCAUUAUUUUUUCCUUCAAUGCCUCCAUAUAAGAGAGGAAGGAUGUGGGGUAGCACAACCAGACGAGCUGAAACAUAAUACAGCAUGUGAGCUUCAUGGAAAGUAAAAGGGCGGAUAAAGAUAUUAAAAUGUUGCAGAUGUCACCUAAGUCCAUAAACCUGUUUUGCAGGAUUUAGGGAUCAGGCUUUUGUUUUGUGGGCUUUCAUUAAUUCCAUUACACACAUGCUUGUAGCUUCAGCAGGAUUGUAGAAACACACAUGGCAGCCAUGGGUUCAGGAACAGGUGCUGUCCAUUUAAAAAGCAAGCAGCCAAAUUUUUUUCAACUCACACAUGCAAAUUCAAAUCAUAUAUUAAUGCAGGACGGUCUUUUCUACAUGAAGUGCAGAUUUAUCAGUGCAAAAUGUCCCAUAAUACAACAAAUACACAAAAAUCUUUAACUUAUAAUUAAUAAUGGAGCUAAAUCGUUUUUUCCAGCAAUAAUAAUUUUGCUAAAUAAAAAACUGAUUAUGUAAAAUAUAUGAACAAAC